GUUCAAGUUCUAGUGAUAAGGCCCCCAUUCGAGCAGUUCAUACACAACAUAGUAACUGAACACAACACAUAAAACACCAUUCCAAAAAACACUCCAUCAAAAUUUUGUUGUUCCAGAUCUAGGGAUUUUAUAGGACAGGGCGACCGAGGAUUCCCUAAUCUUAAGAAUAACCUGAGAACCUCAAGCUCUAGUCUGAAAUAUAUAUAAAACAUGGCCGAGAAGAAACCCGAGGAUAACAGCAAAGGUUUACAGGACACUGCCAGUACCAAUGCAAAUCGUCCAAGUCGUUUGGAGGCCCAACAUCGCCAACAAGAUCAAAACAAUACUCUAUUCGCUCAACUUUUCGCCAGUUUGCAGCUCGAACAACAAAAAUUGAGGGACUUGGAGCAGCGCAGAUCGAAACUAACCGAGGAACUGAAAAAUCUAAAGGCUCUUCUACUUGCAGAGAAUCAAAAGCUUAAGCAAUCGGUGGCUCCCAUCCAUGGCAAUCCGAUUCCCAGUGCCAAUUUCACAGCCCGAACUUUACCCAAUAAAGCAUCUACUUCCAGAAACGCUCCUUCCAUCGGCAAAUCAAUACCUUUGGAGCGCCGAGCUUCUAGUAAAUCGGUAAAAAUUGCCGAACCACCAAGCCAAACUUUAACUAUUAGAGAAAGACCCAGGGCAAGUAGUAACCGCAGUUUACAGAAAAGACGAAAUCGCAAAGGCCUAAAGGCUCCAGCAACCAAAACUAAACAGAGAACUCCGUUGGGUUAUAUAUCCAAUGCCAGAGAGGACAUGUUGGGCAUGGCCGAUGAAAUAACUUCUGUGGGCUGCAAUUUGCAAACCCUGGAGCAUCGAAGAUCCGACCGAGAGGAUCGAGAAGAUAUAGACGAAGUUUUGAUUUCCCUGCCGGCACUAUUUACAUUUUUAGAUGCCCAAACAGAGUCCCAAGAAUCGGAUCCCAGUUCCGACACCGGCGAAGCACCUCUUUCCUCCAUAACCUCCGAUCAAGAUCCCAAUUUUUAUCUACCAAGUGCUAUUUCGUUAUUUGAAAAUUUACUGGGAAUCGAUGCCAGGCCCCCUUCUCUGACACUGGAUUUGCCUUUGGUUGGCAUCAGCGAAUGUUCAGCGAUCGUGGCAGAAGUCAUUUCAAAUGCGACCGAAACGGGAAAUGAUUUGGAACUCACAACGACUUAAGGCUCUUUGGGAUUCUUUUAUGGCUGGCAAAAGUUUAGUCAACAACUAUCUCUGAAUCUGGCAACAAUAUUUAACCAAAUAUAGACAUGGAAACCCAA